GCCCAGGAGCAAGACAAUGUACGGAGUACUCCGUAUAUAGAGGAGUGCUGGGCACAGCUGGUAGGAGCCAAGCCAUGGCUUAAGAUCUUUUUUGACCUAAGCAAGUCGCAGUUAUUCUGAACUUCAAGAUGUAUUUGGGGAACACUAGUAAUUUUGGAUGGAAGACUACUAAACCUAUAAAAAGGUAGUGGUUUUCUUCUGGGUGUAAAUAUCAAUCCUGAAUUUGGUGGCGCUUGCGCUUGUCAACCGUUGGGGUGCGAAGCUGUUGUUAAUGAGAGGUAACUAUAGUUAGUUAAUUCGUUUUAGCACUUGCCCAUGAAAUAUAUCAUACAGGAACAGAAAUGACAUGAAUGAUGGAAGUGAAACGAUUGUCAAUUUCCUUCCUCCUUUUUACCCUCUUCCUCCCCCUUAUCGUGAUCCGAUUUUCCAUUUCUCUAAGUUAACUUAUAUCCUGAGUGGUUGCGGCGAGUGCCUUCUGGCUCCGUACAAUGACCUCACCGCCCAAAGUUUUCCUUUAUCCAACCCAUGGGAUUCAAAAUGCUAUCUGGAUGGGACAUAAUUACCAACACCUCAAUAUCAUGAUUUUACAGUUAUUCCUAUUCCCCUUUAUAUUUCUCAAUUUAUUAUCGUCUACUAACGAACUACCCGUGGGAUUGAUGCCCUGCUGCGGACCUUUUGUCUUCUUAUCGCCAUAGUACUUUUUCUUUAACUACCAACUCUAUUUCUUUGAAUAUCCUAUUCAUACACAUACAUUCAUUGCUCACGACAAUCAUGGCGGCGGGACCGCAUACUUUUGUUGUCGCGGAUGUCUUUACUGCGAAAAGAUAUCUCGGAAACCAGUUAGCGAUUGUAAGCGUGCGAAACAAUGCUCUUUCAAAGACUCGAAAGCAGCGCAUUGCCCUAGAAUUCGGCUACGUGAACACUGUCUUCCUCCACGACGCCCCGCAUCCCGGUCUACCCCGGAAACUAGAGAUAUUCAGCAAGACAGAAGAACGGAGCUUUUCCGGACAGGCCGUCCUCGGGACAGCCCACUACAUCUUCCAGAAGCUCGAGGGCGAAGUCUCCAUCUCCGCCGGUGACUGGUCCAACCCAACCGCUGCAGAAACCCAAACGGAACAACAAACCGCAAAGACAAUCUGCCACUGCACCCUCCAGACAAAGGGCGGUCUCAUUCAGGCCCACUACGAUCCCGAGCGCCGGGUGGCCGCCAUCGAAAUCCCGCAUAACGUACACAUCCACGCCCGCGAAACUACCAAGGAUGAGGUCAUCGCCGUCCAGCGCCAGCUGCUCCCGCACCCCGAAGAAACCGCCAAGAUGAAAGGCUCCUACCCCAUCUUCUCCAUCGCUCCGGGGAUGACCUUCACCCUUGUGGACUUCACCUCGUGUCCCUCGCUCCUCUCGCGGCUGGAACCGGGAUAUGCACCUGAGCCCACCUUGGAUGCCGGCUGGGCAGUACGCGUAGGCGAAGACGCCCCCUCGCCCUUCUGCGGCUGCGUGUAUUUCCUGCAGCUGCAGACGGACUUCACAGAGGAACCGUACAUCACGCGGCUACGGGUGCGGGUGAUUGCGGCAGGGCUUGAAGAGGCGGCGUCAGCGAGCGGCUGCUCUGCCCUGGCAGCGUAUCUGGCGCUGCAAAAGGGGGGCAAGAAUUCGAGACAUGCGUACGCCAUUGAACAGGGCGUGGAUGUUGGGAGGACGAGCCAGCUGUGUGUUGAAGUGAGGUUGAAUGAGGCCGGCACAGAUGUGUCCCGGGUGUCGCUUUCAGCGAAGGCGACGUUUGUGAUGGAGGGGAAAUUAUUAUGAGCUUUUUUUUUUUGACGCUAGGUGGAUAAUUGUUUUACCUUUUGCUUAUUUUCUACGAUUGCAUCAAGAUGCUUUUUGCUUUGUAUUUUUCCUGCGCCCCAUAUUCCUAAUUUUGCAAUUUCAUACCCAUGCUGCAUAUAGUUAAAAAUAUACCUCGUGCACAUUUUUGAUGUUCUAUGCAGAACCCGGGGGGGGAAGGAAAUAACAUCUAAUAUGAGAAAUAAAAAGAAUAACAAACACGAAGACAAAAAUGAAGUAUGAUUUCAUUUCAGUAGUACCUAAAUCACUAUCAUCCAUUCCAUUAUCAACUGCAUAGAGGGUCAACAUGGCAUUUACAGAUUCCAUCUCUGCAUAUUUAGUGAACUAGCGCUCCAAGCUCCA